AUGAGCAGCUCUGCUUCAUGGCGUAUCACACUCGGAAUCACAUUUCUCUGGGGUCUGCUCCUCGGUAUUGGAAUCAUAUUCUUCCCAGAAAGCCCCCGAUACGAUUAUCGCCAUGGGCGUAUCGACAAGGCCAAAAGCACCAUGGCAAAGCUUUAUGGCGUGCCUCAGACACACCGAGUCGUCGUUCAAGAAUUGGCGGAGAUUAAAGACCAGCUAGAGGCCGAGGGCGCGGCCAAGCGAGGCAUCCAUGGGCUCAUUGAGAUGUUCCAGGGGCCUCGCAUGCGGUACCGAAUCAUUCUAGGCGUUACCCUUCAGGCUCUUCAACAGCUGACUGGCGCAAACUACUUCUUUUAUUACGGCACCGUCAUUUUCCGCGGGGCCGGAAUCAGCAAUUCAUUUGUCACUCAAAUGAUUCUUGGUGGCGUUAAUUUUGGUACGACAUUUGGCGGUCUGUACAUCGUCGAGCACUUUGGCCGGCGCAAGUCCCUCAUCACAGGCGGAAUAUGGAUGUUUUGCUGUUUCAUGGUAUUUGCGAGCAUUGGACACUUCUCUCUAAAUAUUGAUGAUCCCCCUGCUACUCCAGCGGCUGGAAAGGCAAUGGUAGUCUUUGCAUGCUUGUUCAUCACCGGAUUUGCAACCACAUGGGGCCCGAUGAUAUGGGCGCUAAUAGCUGAAAUAUAUCCAACUAGAUACCGUGCAAAGGGAAUGGCGCUGGCUACAGCCUCUAACUGGCUGUGGAACUUCCUUCUAAGCUUCUUCACCCCCUUUAUUACCGGGGCCAUUGACUUUGCAUAUGGCUACGUGUUCGCGGGCUGCCUCUUCGUCGCGGUCCUGGUGGUAUACUUCUUCGUGCUCGAAGGCAAAGGCAAAACGCUCGAAGAGAUAGACAUGAUGUACGUCAUGCGUGUACCGCCCUGGGAAAGCAGCAAAUGGGUUCCACCUCCUCCAGAAGAGCGUGUUACAACGGCGAAUGUACUGGAUCAGAGGGCAGCGAGGAAUAUGGCGGAUGAGGAGGAGCAGGGUAAGCGGGGACAGUAUGGGCCGGGACAUCAGCAUAUUGAUCAGGAUGGAGCUGGCCCGUCAGUAUCAGGAACAGUGUAA